AUGAAGUUCGGCUCCUUCCGCGGCGUCUCCAAGGGCGACGUCGCGCCGCCGAAGAAGGACAGAGACGCGAACCUUCCGUCCGUCCUGCGCCGGUUCGGCGCGGUGUCCCACGGCGUGAGGAACUACAUCCAUCACGCGAACCUCUUGUUCUUCUUGACGCUGCUCGCCAUCUCGAUCUCGUUCGCGGUAUUCAUCGUCCCGGGGCUGACGGACACGGCGCCGUACGUCAUCUCCGCGGAGAACGACAAGUGCUUCGCCAAGUCCGAAACGGUCUGCGAGAACGAGGUCGAGUGGAGGUUUCACUUUUGGAACCUCACGAACGCGGACGACGUCGUCGCCGGCACCGCGCCGCCGGCGCUCGUCGAAGUCGGCCCGUUCGCGAUGCACAAGACGAAAGCGGUGAAAUCCAACGUCACGUUCUUCGACGACGGAAACAAAGUGUCGUACACCGAGAUUCAGUACGCGGAGUACGACACCGCCAACUUCUGCGACGGAUGCUCCCUGGACGACGUCAUCGUGUCGUUCAACCCGGCGUAUUACACCCUCGUGAAGAUGUACGGCUCGGAGGCGAACUUUCUGUACACGCUCACGCCGCAGGUGCUCCCGCCGAUCCUCGACGGGCUCGGCGCGCUCCUCUCCGCGCUCGCGGGCUCCCCCGCGGACCCGAGCGGCGAGAUCUCGACCGCGGUCGCCGCCGGCGCCGCCGCGGUGACGACCCUCGCGCUGAAGCAGUGGGGCGACUGCUCCGUCCUCGGCGACACGAUCCUCAACAUGGGGCUCCCCGCCGCGUACACCGCCGCGUUUCCCGUGGCGCCCGAGUUCGGGUGUUACGCCGCGACCUACACCGGGAUGGCGGCCGGCAUGAUCGGCGUCGACGCGACCGGCGCGCUCGCGGUCACGACCGCGCUCACCGCCGACCCGACCGGGAUGGCCGUGCUCGGGGUGUUACAGACCUCGGACGCGACCAACGCGGCCAACUGGGGCAUCAGCCCGGCGGUCGCGCCGCUCGUCAAGGCGUACCUGGUGUACUUCAACACCAACUACAACCAGCCCGCGGGCGCGACCGCGAUGGGGCCGUGGCUCGGCGGCUCCUCCUCCGGAAUCUUCAUCGCGCGGACCGUCCGCGAGUGGCUCGAAGGGUACGUCGACCCGCUGACGUCGUCCGUGUACGCCGCGUCGGAUCCUCGGAGGCUCGUGAGAACCGUGCACGGCGUGUAUCCGCUGAGCGACCUCGACGCGGGGAGCUCUGUCGAUCGAUACCAGGACGUCGUGACGCACGUGACGGACAAGUCGGAGUGGCGCGGCGUCGGCGCGACGCCGUGGGUCGUCGCGACCGGGAAGGACGAUCCGGACAAAGUUUGGGACGUCCUCGCGUCCACGAAGGGCGACGCGCAAGGCGGGUCCUACGCGUAUAACACCGGCCACGUCGAAGCCGUCGGAGGGAAGCACUUCUGGCAGGCGAUUUACCCGAAAGUCGCGAACAAGGGCACCGGCCUCGGGACCCUCGGCGAGGUCACGACCUGGUUCGACAUCGGCGCCGGUCUCGACAUGGGCCGCAAGGUGAAGCUGCAGUACCGCGGCGAUUACGACUUGCCGCACAAGAAGAACACGAUGGUUCGCCUGUACAACUACGAGUUCGAGCUCCACGCGUGCCCGAUGAACGUGGCGAACUGCGACUACGACGUCAAAUUCCAAGGCGCGUGGGACGUCAGCGAUCACACCGCCAUCGAGACCGUCGUGACGAUGCCGCACGCGUACAACGCGGACACGCGCCUGUUCGGAUACAUCGACCCCACGUCCGCGUCGUGCCCGUUCCAGCCGAACAAGACCGCGCACGACUUCGAGUGGGAGAUCUUAAAGUUCACCGGCAACGUCAUGGGCGCGAGCGCGCGGUAUCAGAUGAACUGGCAAGUGAAGCCUACGGACGUGUACUACCCCAAUUUGUGGCAGCCCGUCGCGGGGUCUUCCCUCGACGGCGACGCCACGGACGGGAUCUACGUCCCCGGGUCGUGGUCGUCCGCGUCGUACCGCGUCGCGCACUCCGUGAUCGAAGACAUCGUGAACGACGUCGCGUACGUCAUGGGCGCGCUCGCGAUGUUUUACGUCUUCCUCCCGGUCGGGUGUUUGAUUUUCAUCGUCAUCGCGAUCGUGUCUCUGUACGUGCGUUCGCGCGUGCGCAACGCGCGGCAGAAGAUCAUCGACGAGCACAAGCGGGCCGAGCGCGAGCGCCACUCGCUGAUCGCGCUCAACGGCGGCGGCAAGCCGCCGCCGACGGCGUUCACGGACGAGGACGCGCACGAGGAACGGAUCCGGUCCGGGUUCUGGGCGCCGUCCGCGCCGCCCAAGGGCGAGGACGUCGCGAAGGACGCCGACGCGCGCGGCGACGCCGUGGACGACGACGACGACGUGACCACGGUCGUCGUCGACGUCGAGGCGCCCGCGCUGAAGACGGACAAGGCGUGA